AUGUGCUCCGUGGCAGGCCUGGCUCCCCUGGCCACCUUCAACGUGGACAUGGUCCAGACCUGGGUGACUCCCAAGGGAGACGUCCCCUACGUGCUCAGCUCACUUCUGCAUCAGGACUCCAGCACCAACCAGACCUGGCUCCUGGUAACCAGCUCCAGGACCAGCAGGACGGCAGGGCCCCUGUAUCAGUGUUCCCUCAUUCAGGAUGGGCUCCAUUGCCAGCCAGUAGAGAAUGUCCCCAUCCCAAAGGGGAGGUACCGUGGAGUGACAGUUGUCCGGAACCACCAUGGUGUUUUGAUCUGCAUUCAAGUGACGACCCGGUGGCCCCAGAGCCUCAGCUCAGAGCUCACAGGCAACUGCAUCCUGCUGGCCCCUGACCUCCGUCCCCGUGCCCAGGUCCACUUCUCCGACCUUGAAAAAUUACUGGACCCUGAUGCCCCUGUGGAUGCUGGAGGCUGCUCCAGGAACAAAAAAGGCAGCACGGAGAACACAGCCAGGCCGCGCCGGGAAUUGAAGGUGGAGGAGGAGGAGACAGAGGCCGAGGCCGAGGGGGCAGCUGGCACCGAGAUCGCCAUCAUCCUGGAUGGCUCAGGAAGCAUUGAUCCCCCAGACUUCCAGAGAGCCAAAGACUUCAUCUCCAACGUGAUGAAGAGCAUCUAUGAGAAGUGCUUUGAGUGCAGCUUUGCCCUGGUGCAGUAUGGGGAAGUCAUCCAGACAGAGCUUGACCUUCAGGACAGCCAAGACGUUACAGCCUCCCUCGCCAGAGUCCAGAACAUCACUCAAGUGGGGAGUGUCACCAAGACUGCCUCUGCCAUGCAGCAUGUCCUAGACAACAUCUUCACACCAAGCCAUGGCUCCAGAGAAAAGGCAUCCAAGGUCAUGGUGGUGCUCACUGAUGGGGACAUAUUCGGGGACCCCCUCAACCUCACAACUGUCAUCGACUCCACAAAGAUGCAAGGUGUUGAGCGCUUUGCCAUUGGGGUGGGAGAUGCAUUUAAUAAAACUAAGGCGUACAACGAGCUGAAGCUGAUUGCCUCGGACCCCGAUGAGGACCAUGCCUUCAAGGUGACCAACUACUCAGCGCUGGAUGGGCUGCUGAGCAAACUGCAGCAGAGCAUCAUUAGCAUGGAAGGCACGGUCGGAGAUGCCCUCCACUACCAGCUGGCACAGGUCGGGUUCAGCGCCCAGAUCCUGGACGAGGAGCAGGUGCUGCUCGGUGCUGUAGGGGCCUUCGACUGGUCGGGGGGCACGCUGUUCUACAACAUGAGCAGCCGCAAGGGCCGCUUCCUGAACCAGACGGCAGUGGAUGCCAAGGCUGCGCAGUACAGCUACCUGGGUUACUCGGUGGCCGUGCUGCACAAGGCCUGUGGCCUCUCCUAUGUGGCAGGGGCUCCACGGCACAAGCAGCAAGGGGCUGUGUUUGAGCUCCGGAAGGAGAGCAAAGAGACCAACUUUGUACCAGUGCUGGAGGGCGAGCAGAUGGGGUCCUAUUUUGGCUCUGAGCUGUGCCCUGUGGACUUCGACAUGGAUGGGACCACAGACUUGUUGCUGGUGGCCGCCCCGUUUUACCACGUUCAAGGCGAGGAGGGCAGAGUCUAUGUGUACCGUGUGAACAAGCAGGAUGGUUCCUUCUCCUUGGUACGCACGCUGAGUGGCCACCCCAGGUUAACUUACGCGCGAUUUGGCUUUGCCAUGGCGACAGUGGGGGAUAUCAGUCAGGAUGAGCUCAUAGAUGUGGCCGUCGGGGCCCCCCUGGAAGACUUUGGGGCAGAUGAUGGUGUAGGCUUCGGCAGCGUGUACAUCUACAAUGGACACUCUACCAACCAGCUGUUUGACCUCUCUACCAACCAGCCACAGCGGAUCAGAGCCUCAGUGGUGGCCCCAGGACUCCAGUUCUUCGGCACAUCGGUGGCAGGUGGCUUAGAUUUCAGUGGCGACGGCCUUGCCGACAUCGCUGUGGGCGCUCUGGGCCAGGCGGCGGUGCUCCGCUCAAGACCUGUGGUUCGUCUGAAGCUGUCCAUGACCUUCACCCCCAAGGCACUGCCCAUUGGCUUCUACAGCAGCGUGAAUGUGAAUUUGUGUUUUGAAAUCAGCUAUGUGUCCCCAGCUGCUGAGUCAGGCCUCAAAGAGACGUCUCUGAACUUCACUUUGGACGUGGAUGUGGUGAAGCAGAGGAAAAGGAUGCAGUGUUCAGAUGAGAGGCUGUGUCAGAGCUCCCUUAGGGAGUGGGGCACGGGCCCCCGUCCCUGUGAGCCCUUCCUGCUGGUUCCCACAGAGGGACAGCUCUGUCAGGAGGACUGCUUCUCCAACAUCAGUGUCAAGGUCAGCUACCAACUCCAGACCCCCGAGCGCCGGAGGGACCAUCCCCAGCCUAUCCUGGACUUCUAUGCUGAGCCCUCUGCCAUCUUCCAGCUGCCCUACGAGAAGGCCUGCAAGAAUAAGCUGUUCUGUGUCGCUGAGCUGCAGUUGGCCACCACCCUCUCUCAGCAGGAAUUGGUGGUGGGUCUCACAAAGGAGCUGAGCAUGAACAUUAGCCUAACUAACUCUGGGGAAGAUUCCUACAUGACAAGCAUGGCUUUGAAUUACCCCAGAAACUUGCAGUUUAAGAGGAUACAAAAGCCUCCUUCUCCAAACAUUCAGUGCGAUGACCCUAAGCCAGCUGCUUCUGUCCUGGUCAUGAACUGCAAGAUCGGUCACCCCAUACUCAAGAGGUCAUCUGCAGACUUUUCAUUGGUUUGGCAGCUGGUGGAGAGUGCCUUUCCAAACAGGACAGCCGGCAUCGCUGUGACAGUCACCAAUUCCAAUGAAAGAAGGUCUUUGGUCAGUAAGACCCACAGCCUUCAUUUCAAACAUGCCUUCAUUGCAGUUCUUCCCAAACCAUCAGUGACAUACAUGAACACAAGCCAGGGGCUUUCCCACCACAAAGAGUUCCUCUUCAAUAUACAUGGGGAGAACCUCUUUGGAGCCGAGUUCCAGCUGCAAAUUUGUGUUCCAGUUAAAUUACAAGGUUUCCAGGUCAUAAGAGUGAAGAACCUGACCAAGACUCAGGUGCCAUACCGCCCUUGCACCCACGGGCCUCCCCGUAUUCCAUCUGGACAGCCUCCUGAGACCCAGCCUCUCGACCGGAGUCCUGGGGAGAGGCUCCUGGUCCAGGGAGGCUUCUGGAAGGUGGAGGCCGCUCGGAGCUUCAGAGGCUGCAUCCAGAAAGGCGGAGGGGUCGGUACAGAUGCUGUCUCCUGGCGCAGGGGACCCGGGGCCGGGAGAGGCCGGAGAACUCAACAGGGAGGCCCUGGUGCUCAGCUCGCCGCCGGCCCUGGGCUGGCCGCACACACUGAGGUCCGGGCUCAGGAGGCCCGGGUGGCCGCUGGGGAAGGGCGGCGGUCCGAGCGCCCCGCAGGGGGUGCUGCACUUCUGCGGGCACCGCGCUCGCAGCCUCAGGCGUCUCGGGGUCGCGAUCAGACUCGGCCGGUCCUUGGAGAGUCGGCCGCCAGCGCGCCUCCGCCGCUGACCCACCGGGCUGCUGGGGAAGUCGGGGUCGUCAGGAUCGUCGGAGACGAUCGUCGGAGACUGCGAGGGGCCGCCGCCGCUGGCGUCGCUGCUACUGCUGCUGAAGAAACGCUUCUGGUCUUGCGGCGGGAACCACUGCACCGCUGCCUGCAUGUGGAAGAAUGGCAUUCAGUGAGCUGUAACGUCACCUCGGAUAGAGAAAAUGUAACCGUGGCUGCAGAGGUCUCCUUGAGUCAGUCAGAACAGUUACGAAGAGAUGUGACUGAGCUGCACAUCCUUGGUGAAAUAUCUUUCAACAAAUCUCUAUAUGAGGGGCUCAAUGCAGAGAACCAUAGAACUAAGAUCACUGUCAUCUUCCUGAAAGAUGAGGAGGCGUAUUCUCUGUCUCUCAUUAUUAAAAGCAGUGUUGGUGGCCUUCUGGUUUUGAUCGUGAUUAUAGUCAUCCUAGUCAAGUGUGGCUUUUUUAAAAGAAAAUACCAACAGCUGAACUUGGAGAGAAUAAGGAAGGCCCAGCUGAAAUCAGAGAAUCUACUGGAAGAAGAAAAUUAG